AUGGCAGUGGAAGUGGAUCACAUCGCUCCUGGAGUAUCUGUGGAGGUAGCAGAGCUCUACGAUUCACGUGACACUCUGUCAGAAGAGCUUCAAGAGGCAGUGGCACAUACAGAAGAAGGGAAGGUUAUAGAUGGUGUACGUCCUUCUCUCACAGCUUCUAAGGUUCUUUCCUCGGUAUCCGCUACUGGAGCUCACUGCUCCCGAGAUUCUUUUCUAGCAACGAUGGCAGACGGAGACGCGUCGAUUCAUCACCGUCACAAAGUGAAGACAACAGGGCCCUUCGGCACCGGCGUGAUUAUUUGCAAGGCGUUCAUGGGAAGCACCUUUAUUUUUCUUCCUUACGCCGUCAUGAAAGGCGGUCUCAUUCUCUCUCUUCUCACUUUAUCUAGCGUUCUUGUGCUCAGCGUGUACUGUAUGGAACUACUUAUUGAAUGCUGCGAAGGCGAUGUGCGCGUUACAUACGAAGAUAUCGCCGAAUGCGCUCUAGGGGGAUGGGGAAGAACUCUAGUAGAAUUGUGUGUCUUUUCAUCGCAGGUGGCAUUCUGUGCAGUUUACGCGGUAGUCGCUUCACGAAAUUUACAUGAUCUUAUUCGGGUCACCUCGGGAUGCUCCCCCAAUGUGGACGUGUCUGUAACGACGCUAAUAUGGUGUUUAGGGGUAUAUUUUCUGUCUCUCAGCUUUAUAAGAAACAUGACAUACCUCGUACCUCUUAUGUUAGUGGGAAACAUCGGGACAGUUUUUGGCAUGCUCAUCCUCAUGGUCGCCGUCAUCGUUCAACUGAGCCAGCAGCGAUUGGUUCGGUCUAUCGAAUUGUUCAAUUUCGACGGAUGGUCUCUCAUCCUUGGAACGAGUAUAUACCUCUGGUUAGGAGCUGGCCUGAUUCUCCCCAUCCGCAAUACAGCAAAGCCCGCUGUUCAACGGAAAUUCUCGCUGUUGCUCAGUUUUACUCUCACAGCCCUUACAUUGUUGUACGUCGUGUACACGACAAUUUGUGUCCUAGCAUUUGGCAAGGAAGUGAGAGAGGUUAUUCUCUUCAAUCUUCCUUCCGGUCUUCUUGGAACCACCAUCCAGGCAAUUUUCGUUAUCGUCGUUUUAUCUACGUACCCGCUAAUGCUCUAUCCCGCCACGGGAAUAGCGGAGAAGAGGUUGCUGCCGCAUGUUAUGGUCUCGUGUCGAUGGGCACGGCAGCUCGUCAGUGCAGCCAUUCGUAUCGUCCUCGUUCUCUCCACCGUCGCAAUAGCCAUUGUGGGGAAGCAUCAACUAGGCGGGUUUGUUUCGUUGAUCGGCGCUGUAUGCGGUGUCCCUCUUGCUUUCAUUUUUCCUGCACUAGUGCAUCUGAAGCUGAAGAAACCAAGGCAAUUAUCACGGCGGCUAUCGCACUACCUCAUAAUUCUUAGUGGCUUUGUAGUUCAGUUCUUCUCUGUAUACAAUACAAUUUCAAGGUGGCAUCCGACAACUGACUACGGGAUCGCUUGUCCCAGUGGGAACCUAAAUUAG